GUGCCCCCAGUACUCACACGUCGUGACCAGUUGAAGCUGAAAGAGGAAAAGGAACGUGCCAGGAAGGAGAAGAGCGUGGCCAAAGAGAAUGCGAAGGAGCCAGAGCAGGUGUCCGCGACGGCCCCCAAAGCCAGGGCCAAAAGGAAGCCUCGUGCCAAGAAACUUUCCAAGUUGGAUGAGAACGCAGCUGAGGGUGAUGAGUCAGUGAAGCCAAUUGCUGAGCCUGAGGCUGUGGAGCCCGCAUUGGGUGACACUCAUGAUGUGCCUGAGAAAACCCGAAAGGGAGGAGCAAAGGCAAAGGCAAAGGCGAAAGCAAAGUCCGAACAGAAAAAAGAGCCAAAGAAGAAAGCAAAGGCAAAGGCCAAGUCUCGAGGCCACCAGGAUGAGAAUGCAGAGAGUGGAAAUGAGCAGGAUGAAGAGAACAUGAAAACGCCCAAGAAAAUGUUGUUUCAGUCUGACGACGAGGACGGUGAUGAGAAGUGCAAGGCUGGAGAUUGCAAAGAAGACCGAAUUGCUGAUGCCAAGACUGGGGAAGUGAAAAAACUGUCGGAGAUCUACAACGCGGAUGCUCCCAAGCAGUGGGAAAAGUCUAAGCCCCAGAAGAGGUUGAAGUCGGCUUCGGCAGCUUCUACUUUGCCUGCAUCUUCUUCGGCUGCUUCAUGUCCUGACCAAGAUGAUUCCCAUGGCCCAAAGAAGCCUGCGGCCAAGCGCGCAUCUAGGAAGAAAGACGCUGAGCUGUCGCCCUUUGCCAAGAAUGAGUCCAAGCGUCGCAAGAAGAGUGCUAGCAAGGAUGAGACGCGCAUCAUGCAGGGUGGCCCUGAGGCCUGUCCACAAGUUCAAGGCAUUUGCAUUCAACACAUGAAAGCCGUGCAGGGCUUGACCUAUGAUGAGAUGAAGGACUACCUCGCCGAUUCCAUUGAGAAGGACUUUUUCAACUUCAAGCUCGACCCCUACAAGACCAGGUCAGCAUGUGGUCUCCAGACCCAUUUGGUGCGCAAGGACAAGAAGACUGAGAUCGCCUACUUUGGUCGUUCUGGCACUGCGCCAGGCUGGAACGAAAGCAUGGUGCUUUCCUAUGCUGGUUGGCUGGAGUCGUUGACGACAGAUGACCGUGAGCGCAUCGUGCAGAAUUGGACUGUCGGACACCAGCUCACAAUGCCUUCGCUGAGAGGCAACCGUUGGGCUGUGAAGUUGGGAUUGCUUGAGGAUGACUCAAGUGAACUCGCCAUGUUUUAA